CAGUACACAUCACAUCCCUAGCAGUUACUGUAGGUAAAUCGCAACACGCAUGCGCAAAUACGAUGCAUCCUUUACACAAAGUUACAUUUCGCAAAAAUAAAGACGUGUUAAUGCGUCAUAACAUAAAAAAAACGAUAACAUGUCGGACUUUUCUGUUUUAGCGGAUGGGAUAUGGAUAUCUUGUGUGGACAUCAAUCCGAGAGACUCCCCUUGACUCUUCAGCUGAUAUCGAGUGCAUUUGGAAUAAUUUUAAAGACGGAAGUGAGCAGUCCUGCUGUUCAACCAAGGCUGUGAACGCUGCGCAUGCAUGUCCGUUUUUGAAUGUUUAAUUACGUGUGUUCUAUAUGCAUAUGAGUUAUUCCCGAAGAUAGUUCAGAGCUUUCAUUUGCCUCUGAGUCUAUCUCGCUGCGGUAUGGCAGCGGCAGCAGAAGCGCCAGAGGACCGCGCAGCGCUAACAGGUGACGGGGAACCGGAGGAGACCGAGGAGUUCACCUGUUCGGCCUACUGCUCGGAGCUCUCCCGGCGGCAGAACGAUCAGAGGAAGUCGGGGCUGUUCUGCGACGUGACACUGGUCUUCAGCUCCAGUGGGGUGUCUGAGGAGAGGGUCCAGACCCUAACCGCCCAUCGCUCGGUGUUAUCCGCGGCGUCGCAGUACUUCACGCUGCUGCUGGGCGGACAGUUUUCAGAGUCUCUGUCAGGGCGAGUGGAGCUCAAAGAAUGGAGCUCGUCAACGGGACCCGACCCAGACACUGUGGAAAGUGUCCUACAGUUCAUGUACACUGGACAAAUCGGGGUAACCACUGCUAAUGUGCAUGAAGUGUUGGAACUUGCAGACAGGUUCCUUUUGGUGCAGCUGAAGAACUUUUGCGGAGAGUUUUUGAUGAAGAAAGUGAACUUAUCCAACUGUGUAGCAGUGCACAGCCUCGCCCACAUGUACACCUUGGACCAGCUGGCCCAGGGAGCCGCCAAGACGAUAAGAAGAAACUUCCACAAAAUAAUCCGCAACGAGGAAUUCUUCACGCUGCCAUUUCACCUGAUAAGAGACUGGCUGUCAGACUCAGGAAUCACUGUGGAUUCUGAACAGGAGUUGUUUGAGGCCAUAGUAAAAUGGGUGCACCAAAACGCUGAGGAGAGGGAGAAGUAUUUUGAUGAGCUGUUCAGACUUUUAAGGCUGCCUCAGAUUUCUCCUACCUAUCUGACACGGGUGGUGAGAAAAGAACCCUUUGUGGCAAACAAUGCAGCUUGUCAGCAGCUGGUCUCUGACGCCCUUGAGGUCCACGCUGUACACUUCGAGAACCUCAAGUCAGCUGAUUUAGAGCUCUAUGCGUCUUACAUGGCAGCGAUGCAGCCCCGUCUUGGUCAGAACAUGGAUGUAAUCAUGGUAGUGGGUGGUGUAUCAGAAGGUGGAGACUAUCUGAGUGAGUGUGUGGGCUACUUUGUUGCUGAGGACCGUUGGGUAAACCUGCCACACAUUCACAACCAUCUUGACGGACAUGCCAUCGCAGUCAGUGACAGCCAUGUUUAUGUGGCAGGCUCCAUGGAGCCAGGCUUCGCCAAGACGGUGGAGCGCUUCAACCCCAGCCUCAACACCUGGGAGCAGGUCAGCAGCCUGACCACCCGUAAGCACUCCUUCGGCCUCACAUGUGUCAAAGACUUACUCUACAGCAUCGGUGGUCAUGGCAACUUCAGUCCAGGCUUUAAGGAUGUUACUGUCUACGAGCCUGAGCAGGAUGAGUGGCACAAUCUCGAGCCAGCACCGAAGAUACUACGAGAUGUAAAAACGAUAAGCAUAGAGGACCGCUACAUAUAUGUGAUGGCCAGGACUCCUGUAGACAUGGACAAUGAGGAUGGACUGAGCACUGUGACCACCUGCUACGAUACAGAGAGUCACAAGUGGCAGGAAGUGGACUCCUUACCGCUUAUUGAUAAUUACUGCAGUUUUCAAAUGGCUGUUGGGUCCACCAACUUCUACCACACAGCUUCUUGUUGUGCGAAGAGCUACAAGGUAACAGCUGAGGCCGCUCAGCAGAAAAUAAACAGAAAUACCUCUGAUGACAUCCUCGACAGUCUCCCUCCAGAGGUCCUUAGCAUGGAAGGUACCGCUAUUUGCUACCUUGGUGAAAACAUAUUCAUCAUUGGCGGGUGGAGGAACUGCAACAACAUGGACAAGCAGUACCGCAAGGAGGCCUACAGUUACUGUGCUGAGAGGAAGCGCUGGAUGCUGCUGCCACCCUUACCUCACCCACGUUGCAGAGCCACAGCUUGCCACGUUCGCAUCCCAUACCAUUAUCUUCACGGCUGCCAGAACUACCCCAUGCCCCAGAACCUGGCUCGGCAGCGAGACCGCAUGCAACAGAUGCAGCAGCUCCAUCGCCGCACGCUUACUUUGCGCAGACAGCUGCAGUCUCAAAUCGAAUGUUGAGAGCUUUGUCUAGUUAGCUCUUAAUCUGCUGAUCAACGCCUUUUUAUUUAGGUGCAAUGUCUGCAUGGGCUAUCUGGGGCUGGUUUAAAUUAAAAAAAAUUAAAAAAUAAUUAUCCAGACAUGCUACUACUGAAAUGAUUACCUUUAUUCUGCUAGUUAAUGAAACUGUGAUUUCUGUGACAUUGUCUGAUAAGAUUUUUGAUUUCAUUGCUAAACAACUUAACUUAGCUUUUUUUAAUGGGGUCAUGUUAACACCCGAUGAUGUCAGCACAUGAUGUGGUGGAAGGUAGAACAUUUGGUCAAGUUCAGUGUUGAGAUGUAAAUUUAGCAAAGUAAAUUGUUUAUUGUGAUGUAAGUUAGUAAAAAAUGAUAAAUUACUGGAAGAACCUGAGCUGAGCUUCAACGUUUUACUCCUUGCUACUUGCAUCUAAUUUCUUUUCUACCUCCAUUGUCUGUCAUGCUUUUUUUGCACUGUGGGGGUUGAAAUAUCUAAAUGUUGAACUGCCAUAUUCCCAACGUAAAAAGAGCCAAUCGUGUAUAAGAUUUUUUAAAGCAAGACUUAAGUAUUGAGCCAAGCACAUAUUGGGGAACAUAGUGUUCAGUGAAAGCGGUUCCCCCUCAUUA